CCGCGACGGCCGCGCGCCGCCGCGGCCGGCCCGCCAUGGCCGGGGUCAGCUACGCGGCGCCCUGGUGGGUGAGCCUCCUGCACCGGCUGCCCCACUUCGACCUGCACUGGGAGGCCACCAGCAGCCAGUUCCGGCCCGAGGACACCGACUACCAGCAGGCGCUGCUGCUGCUGGGGGCCGCCGCGCUGGCCUGCCUCGCCCUGGACCUCCUCUUCCUGCUCUUCUACUCCUUCUGGCUGUGCUGCCGGCGGCGCAAGAGCGAGGAGCACCUAGACGCGGACUGCUGCUGCACGGCCUGGUGCGUCAUCAUCGCCACGCUGGUCUGCAGCGCCGGUAUCGCCGUGGGGUUCUAUGGCAACGGGGAGACCAGUGACGGCAUCCAUCGGGCCACCUACUCACUCCGUCACGCCAAUCGUACGGUGGCAGGGGUCCAGGACCGCGUGUGGGACACAGCAGCUGCCCUGAACCGCACGGCGGAGCCCAGCCUGCAGAGCCUGGAGCGGCAGCUGGCCGCGCGGCCGGAGCCCCUGCGGGCGGUCCAGCGGCUACAGGGCCUGCUGCAGACGCUGCUGGGCUACACGGCGGCCAUCCCUUUCUGGAGGAACCCAGCCGUGUCGCUGGAGGCACUGGCCGAGCAGGUGGAUCUCUACGACUGGUACAGGUGGCUGGGCUACCUGGGCCUGCUGCUGCUCGACGUGGCCAUCUGCCUCCUGGUGCUGGUCGGCCUCAUCCGCAGCUCCAAGGGGAUCCUGGUAGGGGUCUGCCUGCUGGGGGUGCUGGCCCUGAUCAUCAGCUGGGGAGCCCUGGGCCUGGAGCUGGCCGUGUCUGUGGGCUCCAGUGACUUCUGUGUGGAUCCUGACACCUACGUGACCCGGAUGGUGGAGGAGCACUCGGUGCUGAGCGGGGACAUCUUGCAGUACUACCUGGCCUGCUCCCCCCAUGCCGUCAACCCCUUCCAGCAGAAGCUGUCGGGCAGCCACAAGGCGCUGGUGGAGAUGCAGGACGUAGUGGCCGAGCUCCUGAAGACUGUCUCGUGGGAGUAUCCUGCCACCAAGGACCCCCUGCUCCGUGUCCAGGAGGUGCUGAACGGCACGGAGGUGAACCUGCAGCACCUCACUGCCCUGGUGGACUGCCGCAGCCUGCACCUGGACUACGUGCAGGCCCUCACAGGCUUCUGCUACGACGGCGUCGAGGGCCUCAUCUACCUGGCCCUCUUCUCCUUCGUCACAGCGCUCAUGUUCAGCUCCGUCGUCUGCAGCGUCCCACACACGUGGCAGCAGAAGAGAGGCCCCGACGAGGACGGGGAGGAGGAGGCCGCCCCAGGGCCGCGGCAGGCACACGACAGCCUCUACCGUGUCCACAUGCCCAGUCUGUACAGCUGCGGCAGCAGCUACGGGAGCGAGACCAGCAUCCCGGCCGCGGCCCACACCGUCAGCAACGCCCCGGUCACGGAGUACAUGAGCCAGAAUGCCAAUUUCCAGAACCCUCGCUGUGAGAACACCCCUCUCAUUGGGCGCGAGUCCCCGCCGCCUUCAUACACUUCCAGCAUGAGAGCCAAGUACCUCGCCACGAGCCAGCCUCGCCCCGAGUCCAGCAGCAGCGGGCACUAGACCCCCAGCCUCCACCCGCCCCAUGUGCCAAUCGCCCCGCUCCUUCCCGUGCCAGCCUCCCUGCUUGCACCUGCGACCACCCGCCGGACCCUCCCCGCGCACGCCGGGCCUGCUGCGGGCGCCUCUGCAGCCACUCGGCCCUGCCCUCCCUUCCUGCAGGGGCGCGGAGACAGACACCUGGCCUGCUCCCCAGGGCAACGCGGGGGCUCUGGACCCGCACCCUCUCCUCGGUCACAAGCCUGGACACCUGGGGUGCGAUGCUCGGGCCCCCAGCCCCCACGCGCCUCCGCCCUGCAGGGGCCGGCUGUGCUGGUGCUGCCCCGGGGUCUCCUCGGCUGUGCCCGCCCCCUUCCCUCCCCAGCUGGGCCGUCUGCUCCCUCUCCGUUCACAGGCGGCAGUGCCCCCUUGGUGCCGGGCGUCUCGAGCGAUGGCGUGUGCGCCCGCCUGCUUGCCUCCCGCCUGCAGAGACCCCUGCGGCGCCCUCACACACCUGCAGCAUCUGUCGUCCUUCCUUCUCUCGCCCCCCACACCAGGCUCCUCUGCCUCAGUUGCCAGAAGCCUCCCAGGGGGUCUCCCCUUCUCUGCUUCCCCCCACUGCACCGCUCUCUCCCCGCAGCAGCCCCCGCCCGUGGCAUCCGGCUGUCCAUGGUGGCAGGAGACAGGUGCCUGCCGAGCCCAGGCUGCUCUCCUGGUGCCAAACCCCUCCCCCUCAACCCCCGGAGCCUCGGCAGCUCCACCCGGUUCGCUCUUUGCACUAACCACAUCUGUCAUCUCUAGGGCAGGCGGUUCUGCGGGCCGGCUGGCACCCUCUUCCCGGUUCCCUUUGCAUCCAGGACAGGCCGGCCUGGGGGCUGCACCCAAGCGGGCUGUGAAGGUGCCCUCGGCCCCCGCAGCCCCCCUUUGGACUAACCACUAACCUCACUCCAGCCUCCGAGAGAGAGAUCGCCCUGGGCACCCCACGGUCCGCAAGCCUGAGGCCAAGUCCAGGCCGGAGACGAAGCCCCAGAGAGCCAGCUGGGUUUUGGGGUGGAGAAGGCAUUUCUUCUCGGGGCGCUGCUGGGGGUGUCAAGACCAAGAGGCAGUCCGAGGGCCUGGAGACCCCUCCCUGGGCAGGUGUUGCCCCCAGGGGACCAUGUCCUCAGGAAUGAAUGUCCCUUCGGCUGUAGGACUGAGGCCCCUGUGGCCUCGGUCUCCUACCUGUGAAGUGGGAGCAAGGCUUCCCUAAGGUGCUUUUGGCUUCGUGUGCAGUGUUUGCUGUUUUCCUACCGCAGAAGGUGGGGCCGUCCCCAAGUCAAGGCGGGGAGAUGCCUGCCCUGCCCAGCCAGCCAGCCACCGAGAGGCCAGGUGCAGCGCAGGCCUGCGUCCCUCCAGGGGGGGAGUUUACAGACAUUAUGGGAGGCUCCUCCUGGGGCGGCAGGGUAGCGCCCCUUCCUUAAGGUGGCCCGCAGAGAAGCCGCCUCCCCUUUCUCCAGGAUCCCUUCUGUGUGCUGGUGUCUGGGACCAAAAGGAUGGGUGGGCCCAGGGCUAGAGCGCAGCGGCCCCUGGCCCUUUGACCACAGGGCAGAGGCUGCCCGGGAGAGGGGGGAUUGAGUGGGCAAACAGAGGUGCCCCCAGGUGUGCCUGCGGGCCCCCAGCCGCGCAUCUGAGCCCUGGCGCACGGCCAGACCUCACCGAGGGGCACCCGGCGCCCUGUCCUGGGCCCGUCACAGCCCAGAGCCACAGCCCGACUGCCCAGUUUUCCUCUGGGCGCCCCCACCCAGGCGGGGCUUCCCGGCCUCUGCCUCGGCCGAGGGAGCUCCAGCUGUGCUGCCCCGGGCGUGGCUCAGAAGCACAAAGGCCGCGAGGCCGCCGAAAUGUGAAUGUAGAAGCUUGAGAGCCUGAGGCGGACCUGAGGGAGCGGCUCCGUGCGCGUGCCCGCCCGCCCGCGUCCCCGCCCAGCUCCUCCCAGUCACCGAGGGUGCAUAAAGGAAAACGCGGACGUCGAAAGGGCAGCAAGACCAAACCUCGGUCCUGCAGCGGGUGGGGGGAGCCUCCCGCCCUUGGUUUUUUUCUUGCUCUUAAGUUUUCAGGCCCUUCUAACCAGCCCGGGCCCGGGGCCUCCACAUCCCGCACCUGCGGUCCUCGCCCCCUCAGCAGGCCCUGCAGCUUCUCCAGCGGUGGUCCCCGACCGCGCGGAUGAGAAGGCGAGGGCCCUGGGGGCUCCGCGGGCAGGCGGGCUUCCAGGCCGGUCCCUCCCCGAUGGGGCUCCGCCGGCAGGCGCACGUUUCCGGUCCCGAGGUACCCUGGCCUGAUCGGAUGUCCCCUCCACGUUCACCCCAUCUCACUAUGCAAUCCCAGUCCAAGUGCCAAUCCCUCCCCGUCCCAGGACCCCUGCCCAGCCGGGGAGCGGGUGCAUGGGUGGCGGGUGCAUGGGUGGCGGUCCCAAAAGGGGGACGAGCAGGGACCGGGGCGUCUUGUGCGGGAUUUUUUUUUUUUAAACCAUAAUGGUUGUGUGCCACACCACUUUAUAUUUGUUACAUAUAUCUCUCCGAGUUAUUUUGUUAAGACUCCCCCUCCAAGGUCACCGCCCCCACCACCCAAGAUCGAUUUAGCAUCCUGAGCGGGGAUCGAGGCCUGAACCGCUUGGCGUUCUCCAAACUUCCAUAGGGCCAUGGCUGUAUGUGCUGUCGCUGUGUUUCUGGGUGUGUGUGUGGUUUGUUUUUUUUUUUUUAGCUUCUUUUUUUUUUUUCUGGUAAAACUGGGUUUGGGGGUUGAUUUUUAUUUCGCUGGGGGUUUUAUUUUUCUUGGCAAAUACUAAAACUCUCGUCAAUGUAAUUUCUGUGGUUUCUAUUCAGCUUGGGUUUCAUGUUUUAAAAUAAACAAAUUUUAAAAAACA